CGAACCUGUUUCACUACGGAGUGUUUUUGUUGACGCACUUGUAUUGGGGACAUUUGAUGAAGUAACACGAAGGUACUUCAAAGGUUCUUGUAACUAAUAAUUGAUGAACGUAGUGAAAUAACCGUCUGUGAAACUCGUUUAAUUUUUUCGGGGGACCUUUGUAGCUUCAGUCCGGGUGAAAAUGGCGGACUGGAGCCCGAUAGCGAAGGCUUACGACCCGCUGAAAGCCGGUAGCAUCGACGGCACGGACGUGGAGCCCCAUGACCGUGCCGUAUGGAGGGCUAUGGGAGCCCGAUACAAGCCCAACAAAGGUGUAGUAGGAGACCCUCUGCUAACCCUGUUUGUUGCCCGAUUAAAUCCCCAGACCACCGAGGAGAAGCUGCACCAGGUAUUCUCCAAGUACGGAGACAUCCAGCGGCUCCGGCUGGUCCGGGACAUCGUCACGGGCUUCUCCAAAGGGUACGCCGUGAUUGAGUACAAGGAGGAACGGUCUGUUGUCCGCGCCCGUCGGGACGCCAACAAGCUGGUGGUUGAGCAACACGAAGUGUUUGUGGAUUUCGAGCUGGAGAGGACCCUCAAAGGAUGGGUGCCCAGGCGGCUUGGCGGCGGGCUGGGAGGGAAGAAAGAGUCCGGACAGCUGCGGUUCGGCGGCAGGGACAGACCUUUCCGUAAGCCCAUUAACCUCGGGGUCGGCCCGGAGCAGGAACGGGCCGGUGGAGGUGGUGGAGGGAGGGAGUGGGACAGACCGGGACCGAGAGACAGGGAGAACCGAGACAGAGAGGCGGAGUGGGGGAGCAGAGGCAGGAGAGAUGACCGGGACAGAGGAAGAGAGAGGGAUGACCGCAGACACGGAGACAGGAGCAGGCACCGGGACAGGAGAUGAAGCCCAUAUUUACACAUCUUCACAUCUUCUCAUCUGGAUCACUGGAAGUCCGAGACAAAUGUUGUGAUGCACACUCCAGCUGCCUGCUUCCAUGUGGGCAGUGAAGGAAACUGUUACUGAUGAGGCUUUCCAGUGUGUCUGUUUAACAGACUUGUCUUUGAGCAAAUAAGACUGGACUAUAUGGUUAAACAGAGCUUGUUAUCGUAUCACUUGUUGUGAUACCUGUUUAGAUGUGGAAAAUGGAAAAACUCCUGUCAAGGUUUUAGGUUGAUGUUGAUGGUAUUGGCAUGUCGACCUGAAGCCGCCAUCUAGUGUUCUUCAGGGAAAUCUGACUUAGUGAAUUCUUCUGUUGUGUAAACUCAGCAGAACAUAUUUAUUUACAGUAUUUUAUAGACAUUUUGUAUAUUGAUGUUGUACAGCCUUUAAAAUCAGAAUGUGCUACUGAAUGGACAAGAUGCAAUUACUUUUAUACACCAAUAAAAUAUCUUAUUGAAUUCAA